UUGAUGUUAAUAUCGUCAUAUUUCGUGUUUAUAUUUUAUUUAUUUUUGUUCUUUAAAGAAUUACAUCUGUUAGUUAAGAAUUAGGAAUUGUAUUUAGCAGGAACAUAAUAAUGGCUUUGCCGGGGGGCGUUGAAGCCGUAUUCAAUGUGGCUUUGAGGGUCCCUCCCCUUUUUCUGCUCGACAGUGUGUUGAACAAAUCCUUCCUCGCCUUCCUGUUUCCUUUUGAUCCAAAUGACCCGCAGAUGACAUGGGCAGAGUAUAUAAUAUGGCUCUUCAUUAUGAUUUUUGUGUUCCUUCUUGGGCUACUGAUGUUUGUGAUGUCUGUCAAACAACUCCUGAGAAUUUACAGCUACGUCGUCAACAUCUGGGUUCUCGGCAUGUCCUUCUACUGGAAUCAGAGCUUUGUCAUAGAGGCCCAAGAGGAAGAGGAGAUUGCAGUUGAGGAGACUGUCACUUUCCGUCGACAGGUCUACAAGCAUUUCUUCUCCCAGUUUCUCUUUGCCUGGUUCUUCUACAUGGCCUGGGACGUGCGCCGUACUGGCGAAGUCUACAGCAACACUGUGAAGACCGUGGUGCAGUCAGCAGUCCACCUCUCAUUCAUAUCUCCCAUGCUGAUACAAGCCUUGUUCCGAGACUGGCGUUACUUUGAAAUCAGUCCAUUUUUAGCAAUAGUGUACCCAGUGAUUCAAAUUUCACAGGAUCUUAUUGACUCAUUUUCAAACAUUCUUUUUACUUUUAAAAGAAUGUAUAAUAUUAUAAAGGUCACAGUAAGCGCAAUUGGCCUACAGGCGUUUUUAGAAGAUCAGUGGACACGACUGUUUGUGCCGACAGUGCUACGAGGAUUCUGCAUGUUAAGACUCUGCUAUCAGAUUUCAUUAUACCUGUAUUCCAUAUACUACAACUUCCCGCCUCCAAGAUUAUUAAACUCAACUGUAGAAUAUGAAAAUAGACAUGAAAAUUUAACUGUGAUAUUUCAAAACCUCCUGGUGCGUAGCUGUGAGACAUCCAUUGCGCUUCUGGGGACCACCAGUUGUAUUUCAUUUAUUGCUCAUUACAUCGGACUGUUUAUGGCUUUCAUAGUUGGCUCAGAUACGGAGGAAGAUCGUAAUAUGGGCACAGUGUCUGCCAUUCUGUUUUUCCUGCUCGCGUUACAGACAGGGCUCACCGGCCUUGAGCCAGAGAAAAGGCUGGUUCGCCUUUACAGAAAUUUUGCACUGUUGUCUGCUGCCAUUUUGCAUUUUGUACACAGCAUGUUAAAUCCAAUAUUGUUAGCUCUCAGUGCCUCGAGAAGUACUGCAGUUAAGAAACAUGCUCGCGCUCUAGGAAUGUGCUUAUUUCUCAUUGUGUAUCCGGUGUGUUUAGUGACCUAUUUAUGGCAGCGACACAGUGCUAGUCCUUGGCUUUUAGCUGUGACUGCCUUCAGCAUUGAAGUUAUCAUAAAAGUGUUUGUAUCCCUUACAGUUUAUACUUUAUUUAUUAUUGAUGCUUAUCGUGAAACUUUUUGGGAAAAGCUAGAUGAUUAUGUGUAUUACAUAACCUCAGCUGGAAAUACCAUAGAGUUCUUAUUUGGAAUAUUUAUGUUUUGUAAUGGUGGAUGGAUAAUGGUUUUCGAAUCAGGAGGGGCAAUCCGUGCCAUCAUGAUGUGUGUACAUGCAUAUUUAAAUAUUUUUGUGCAGGCAAAAGAAGGCUGGAAGGUUUUUAUGAAACGUCGAACAGCUGUGAAUAAGAUUAACUCACUGAGGGAGGCGACGGUAGAGGAAUUGGAAAAAUUUAACGACGUAUGUGCAAUUUGUUAUCAGGAAUUAAAAAGUGCGCGAGUGACGUGUUGUAAUCACUUUUACCACAGCGUGUGUCUUCGAAAGUGGCUGUAUGUGCAGGACAACUGCCCACUGUGUCAUGAGAUGCUGUAUAAACCACCUGGUGAGGAGGAUAGUGAAAAGCCUCGAGACACAGGCCCAAACAUGGACGAUGCCAACCAAAACAAUGUUCCCAACGGCAGGCCCGUCCCCCGGCCUGCUCUCCUGCCUGUCCCGCAGCCUGAUGUCCGGCCCCACAUCCGCCCUGCUCUCCAGCGCAGAGUCAACGCACAUAAUAGAGAACAGUUGUAGUGUUGUUUGUAACACAUUCAAAAUGUUAUUCUUUAUCUUAUUUAACUUUACCACAGUUCUUUUACUUUGUUACGUUUUUUUUGAAAAGAAAGGAAACAAAAUAUGUCAACAAGUAUUAAUCCUGGGGCGGUAUUCAUAAAACUUCUUUAGUCAUUACUUAAGUCAAUUUCUUCAAAUGUUCAUAGUCAUGUUACAAAAAAGUAUUGUAAGUGUUUUUAAUAUAAAAGUAUGCAUUUUUGAUAAAUCAUUGAAGAUGAAGUACUUCAGAUGUUAUAAAGUUACAUGUAUCGUACAGCAUAUGCUAAGAGAGAUACUUAAGUUAGGAAAAUUAAUGAAGAUGUUUUUUUAAUACAGCCUCUGAUCAUUUGUUCGUUUCUGUUCAUUUCUGUUCUAAAAAAUAUUUUUUGUCAGCUAAAUCACUUCAUUCCUGUUUCAUGUAAUCGUGUGAAGUCAUAUUUCAUGAGAUUACAACAUGGAGCUGUAUUUUGCCUAUCGGACUAUGAGUGUCACCAAUAACUCAAAAUUUAACAAAUUUAUUUCUUUCUUAUAAUAAUGUCAACAAGUCCAGGUAUACAAAACAACCAGCUUUCUUUUACCUCGACCACUGAUGCACCAUUUGAUUUAAACAUAUUUUAUUCAACAUAUACAAAGUACACAGAAUAUACACACACACAAGUUGUCUGUAAUAUUGAAGAGGAUAGAAAGGAAAGCAUAGCUUUUAGAGUUCCUCACAACUGUUAAUGCACCAUGUAAAUGGUCUGGAAUAUGUUCAGCUGUCUCCUGAAUACAUAAACUCGGUUAUUAUGCCCCCACAAAGUGGCGGCAUAUAGGGUUGCCCUUGUCCGUACGUACAUCUGUCUGUCUGUACGUACGUACGUCCCGAAGAUUGUUUCCGAUCUAAUUCUUGAAAACCGUUUGUCCAAUCCUCACCAAACUUUAAACACAUGUUUGUGACCAUAAUAUCUUGAUCAAGUUCGAUAGUCAUGGAAAUCGCUUUAGUCAUUUAGGAGUUACGGCCCUUUUUUGCCAAAAAUACUUCAAAAAUAUAUGUUUCCAAUCUAAUUCUUGAAAACUGUUUGUCCAAUCCUCACCAAACUUUAAACACAUGUUUGUGACCAUAAUAUCUUGAUCAAGUUCGAUAGUCAUGGAAAUCGCUUUAGUCAUUUAGGAGUUACGGCCCUUUUUUGCCAAAAAUACUUCAAAAAUAUAUGUUUCCAAUCUAAUUCUUGAAAAGUAUGUGUCCAAUGUGGAUCCAACAAGUUUUUUCCUGCCUGAAUGGCGCCAUAUAACCUAUACAGUCUUGCGAUGCCGUAAAACCCAACUCAACUCAACUUAUCCUAUAUGUGCAGAUUAUCCUGAAUAAUCAUUAUGGCUUAUUUUCUGUGACAAAAAAUCGAAGUGGGGGCAUCCGUGUCCUAUGGACACAUUUCUAGUUUGAACUGUAUCAAAAACCUUUCAUAUUCUUGUAAAACUGAAGUUACGGAGAUCAUGAACUAGGUUGACAAACUUUUUAUCUUGGAACAAGCCAAUUUUUGCAAAAUUCCAUUGUAGAUUUUUAUAUUUAAGUUCAAAAAUUGAUGUUUUACGCAUUUUUCUUAAACCGUUAGUAAUGGUUUAGGCCAUAAAACAUUAAUUUUUGUAAGGAAAUAUGAAAAUCUACGAUCUGAUUUUUUGUCAGCAAUCUUAUAUCAUUGGUUUAUAGAUAUUUGCGCAAAAAAUUGCUGUUUCCAAGAAAAAAAAAGUUGUAAAAAUGGUAUAUCUGUGAGAGUGCAGCUUUAAGAUAAGAAAUGACUCAAGAUGUUUUAUGAAUACCAGCCAAGGACUAAAUUCUGAAUUAUGUUAGGCCGUCUUGAUUCUGUGUAAAAGUGGGAAAAGUUUGGACAUUCUGAUAGUUGAUCAUGAACUUUUUGCAUAAAUUAUAUAGGUUAGCUUACCUUAAAUCAAUACCAACAUCUUCAAGUAAUAUGUAUACCAGUAUAUGUUUGUUUAAAUGUAAAAUUAUUCUAUUAAUGAUAUUGGAUAUCAUAAUUAUACAUGUACACAAUUGUAAAUCGUUAUUUAUUGACAUAUAUCUGUAAGAGGAUUGUUUUGUUUCAAAGAAAAAAUCUUACAGUUACAUAUAUCAACAUUAGUUUGUGAUAUUCUUUAUUUAGAAAAAAACAGGUAACAGGUUUUAUUUAUUUUUGUUUAAAAAAGGUACAUGUAUUCAAUCAUUGAAAUUAGACUUUUAGAUGAAAAAGCCCGAAUUCCUAUACUAUUUCUUGGCAUCAAUUUUUUUAACAAGCCCUGCUCUAUUAAUUUCAGAAAUUUGAGCAAGUGACCAGUGCAAGGCUUGUGAGCUUGUGUUAAUUUCGAUCAUUGUGUAUUAGUCAGUGUGAACCAAGCUGUGUAGAUGCACAUUACUGAUUACAUUUGAAAAAACACAAUUGCACAGUUAUUAAUUUACUACAGAUUACAAUGUUAAAAAAAGAAGAAGUUUUUAUGCUCAGUGGGAUCUUCCUAUCAAAGAUUGCAUCGCACGAUCACAUCUAUGAAUCAGUAUCCCAAAGCAAAACUGUCUCCUUACCCCCUUAAAAGGGGAGAAAUAUUGUUUUUGCUCGAGUUGUCCGUCCUUCUGACCAUCUAAAUCAUGUCCUUCAUAUCUCUUAAACUGCCUCCAGGAUUAGGGAAUUACUUGCCACAAAUUUUCACUAUACUGAGGUGAUGGCAGAAGGCAUGUUACUGCCAGCUCGGUUCAAGGUCAAAAUUACACUUAAAGGACAAAGGUCAUAUGACUAUAUUUUUGUUUCUGUUCCUUGGCCCUUGACUAAAUUGUAAAUGAAAAAUAUAUUGUAUCACAUGAAGAGCUAUCCUAAGUUAUGCACUUACAUUCAUGAAACUUUAUGGGAAUCUAGGUCAGCUAAGGCAGUUAUGCAACUUGAAUUUGUUUGAAGUUUCACUCUAACAAGAGUUAUGGUCCUUAAUUUAUUUAAAUUUGGAUAGUUGUUGUCACAUGUAGCUCCAAAGGUAUUUCACCUACACUCAUGAAACUUCAUAGGAAUGUUGGUCAGCAUUGGCAGACCUGCCCCUGCAAUUUGUUUGCCAUUUCAAUCGGCAGUUAUCUCCCUUGACUAAGAUUUGCCACAAGGGGUAUUCAUCACUUCUUUUUCAGCUCUAGUUUGAUUUGUAUGUUGAAUUUUUCAAUUAUAUCAGUGACAAUAAUAUAUAUAUCAAACCAAAAUGAUUGAAUUUUUUUUCUAUUUGGUUGUACCUUCGUUGAUCAAAUGGACCCUUAUUAUUAUUAUUAUUAUAUCUUAAUAAGUACUUAUACUACUUAUUUUUUUGUUACACUGAUAAACAAAACCCAAUAUUUUCCAGUGUUAAAAUUAAACCAUUUAUUUGCUCAAUGUUGUAACUGAAUAUGAACCAUAUAUAAGUUAGUUAUCGCAUAGGUCUGUUAAGCAUGUAAGACUGUGUUGUCCAAUUACCCCAUGUUAGUUUGGUAUAGUUGGAAAGGGUAUUUUUGGCUGCUUACUUAAAUGAAAUAUAAAAGACCAAAACUACACUAUACAUUAAGUUAUUGUGUUUUUACACUUAAUUUCAACUGAAAUGACAUUUUUUGCAAUUUUUAAGGCAAAAAAAUGGGAAAUAGAAAUUAUUAUUUUGUCUUGAUUUCUUUUAAAAUUCUUUUUUCUUUACCAAAAUUCCUCAAAUGUUAACCCAAAUGAUAUUGAGGCAACAGGCACCCAAAUUUUUAUUCACAUUAUUGUCUAAUGGAUAUCUUAAAUUGUGUUUAUGUGAACUAAUUUGUAUACAUUGAGAACAUUCUAUAAAAUUGAUUGAAGGAAUUUGCAUGAUGGUAAAUCUAAGACCCUGUGAUAAGUAGUGACUGUACCUAAUAUUGUUAUUCCAGGUUUUAAGUUCAUGAUAAUAUUUGCUGUUUUAUAUUGUGUAAUUGUUUUUAAUGUUGAUAUGCUUUUUUAUACGCCCAUACAUAGAAAGCAUAUUAUAGUUUUACCUGCAGUGUAGGCAGGCAGCACCAGGAGAUCCAGCUCUUUAAUUAUGGACAUUACCUAGUACCUAUCAUGAGUAUUGACUAUUGUUUGAUCAAUGACUUUAGAAACCUAUUCUAAUUAUCACCAAAUGUGGUCAGAAUUUGUUUUGGUAGAAUAUAACUGUCAGGUUCAAUAACCUGCCAUAUCACCUCAGUUUCUUCACAGUUAUGUCCCUUGAAUUGGCAAAAACUAAUAAAUUUGGCAAACAUACAACCAAUUCUCACCAAACUUGGUGUCAUCUUGUGUUUACUCACAUAUACAUGUUAAGGGCUGUCUUUCGAAUGUUUUUGGGUUCAAAAUAUGGACCCAGAGCUUUUACGGUAAAUGAUUUUGAGGGCUGAAAUUUAGACCCGUUCUGAUACUUUCUAAUGAUGUAUAGGCCAAAAUAUUUACCAAUACCUCUCUAUGUAAAUUAUAUUUAUUUCCCCAUUUUUUUGGUCAAAAUUUUCCUUCUGGUUGUGCUUUUUUUUAUUAAAAUCACUAAAAAUUGCGAUGGUAACUGCAUUUUUAGCCUCCACUAUGCUGUCACUAGACUCUAGUUAUUCUGUUGAAGUGAUUGUAUUUUUGACACAACAAUUACUGGCACUUUUUAUUUUAUAAUUAGAAUUAUUUCUGUUUAUUCAAAGUCCACUUUUUCAUGCAAAAUUUUCGCCCUUUGAAGAGACCUGGUCCCAAUUCCCUGGAGCUCAGAGGGGAGUUUUUUGCACUAACGAUGACCAGAUGUACAUUAAAUGCAACCUGUAUCAUUAAAAAAUAGCUACCAACCAAGAAGUGUUACACCAUUUGUUUAUUGCUGUUGUUAUUGAUGUUGAUUUCUUUCAUAAAUAUGCCAUUGAAAUUGGCCACCGAGGUAAAGCGAUCAUGUAUUGGGCCAUAAUAAGCCGCCAUAUUGACACUAACGUCUCGAGUCCGAGUGUUAGACCAAGGCUCAGAAAAGUGAAUCCUUAAAUGUUGCAAAAUACCUUUAAUAUUUAACUACAGUGGAAACCCUUUUGCUCGAUUUCGUCCUUUGAUCUAACUUGAUGUAAAGGACUGAUUUUUGUUUUACUCUUUACUCCAAUCAUGAAAGCAUUCCAGUUUGGCUGGAUAUUUGCGAGGCUCGGGAAGUAUUUUGGCAAGUCCCUGGGAUAUCGAGCCAAUGGGUUACAACUGUAUUUCUAAAAAAAGAAAUGUGGUCAAUCACAGAACAGGUAUUUGUAACAGAAACAGUCAUUUUAGCAUUGUGUUAUGUGUAAUUAUUUGCUGGUGUAAUGAUAAAUUUACAACAAAAUUAAAAUAUGCAGUUUCAAGUCUUAAAGACUUAAAACAUUGGAGAAUAUGGGCUCGUUUGGUUGUAAAAUAAAAAGUGAAGGUAUUACCUGUCUUUUUCAUGUCAGAUUGUGAUGUGUGGACAAUGUCCUGCAAAUAUCUAGACUAGAACUGAAAAAAGGUAUUACAGAUAUUCUCAUGAAACUUGGAAGAAUUGUUCACUAUGACCAUACACUUAUGUUCAGUGAUAUUCUCAUGAAACUUGGAAGAAUUGUUCACUAUGACCAUACACGCAUGUUCAGUGAUAUUCUCAUGAAACUUGGAAGAAUUGUUCACUAUGACCAUAAACACAUGUUCAGUGAUAUUCUCAUAAAACUUGGAAGAAUUGUUCACUAUGACCAUAAACACAUGUAUAGCAGGUGACUAAGAUUAUUAUUGGGUAAUACUUCUUACUUCACCUUAGAAAAAGAAGCGAUGAGUGUUUAUUUUACAGGGAUAUGAAUUGAGAAAUGUUAGAAGUUUUGGUGCAUGAAUAUAAUAUGGCAUUUCAGUCCAUGUUUCAUAUACACAUAUAUAUAUAAUCUCUUAGUGGAUUGGUGAAUCCAAACAAACAAUCAACAUGUUGACUUUCAAUGUUUUGACUGAAUGGUUUUGUGAUGAAAAUGUUCAAAUAUUUUAUUUCUUAAUUGUUAUAUUUGUGAAUGGUUAUAUUUGAUGGCUUCGUUUUUAAAACAUGAUGAAAU